GAUUGGUCGGAACGAAAGCGGGGAGGUCCGGUUCUUUCGAAGCGUUCUUCCGGCUUACAUGUUGGGGGAGAGAGAAAAAAAAAGGAAAGACGAAUGGAAAAAACUGUAAUCAACAAAUCGACCAUUGCAUAGUAACUCCGCGAUACGGUCUUUAAUAGUUUAAAAAAAAUGAGCUCCCAGCAAUUCCCCCGACACGGGCUGCCUCCCUCCAGCGGGGGAGCGCCUCAGAUCCCCGCUGCUGGAAACCUCGUGUCCAUCAAUCAGCCGUCAAAUGCUCCAGCUGCAGAUGGAGACGGCGGUCGGGAUUCUGAGCACGGGCAGCAGGACCAUCCACCGGCUGGGGGAGGGGGCACCUUGGCGUUCAGAGAUGACAAGCAGGAGACCAUGGUGGUCAGACCGUACCCCCAGAUGCAGACGCACGGCCAGCCGCAGGCCGGGCCCCAGGCCGUGCCCAUGCAGGCCGGCACACCCGUGACUCUCCCUGCCCCCCCUGUCCACCUCCCGCAGGGCCAGCCUGCACUCCUCACCGAGGGACAGAUGAAGGCCGUCCUUAAGCCCCAAAUGCCAAGUCGUCUUAUUGCCCCAGCUCCAGCCUCAAACCAGCCUCACAUCCCCAUACCCCCCAAGGUGCCUGCUCACAUUACUGUCACCCUCGAGAGCAGCAUUGCCCCAACCCCAUCUAUUCCCGUGGCGACCAUCAGUGGUCAGCAGGGUCACUCCAGCAACUUGCACCACCUGAUGCCAGCCAACAUUCAGAUCAUUAGGGGCAGCGCCCCUGCACUGCAGAUCGGGACCCCUGCCGUCCCCCCACAGACCUUCACAUCCCAUUUACCCCGAGGGGCUGCUGCAGCAGCUGUAAUGUCCAGCUCCAAAACAGUCCUACGGCCUGCCACCGGAGCGAGUGGGGGUCCCGGUCAACCCACAGUGCAGCACAUCAUCCACCAAACCAUUCAGUCACGCCCUGCUGUAACAACCUCCACAGCUGUGCUUCCAACUGUGGUGGCAACCUCGGCAACCAGGACUCAGUCCCCAGUUAUCAGUCCAGCCAUCACACACUCGGCAGAGGUGGCUCAUGGGCGUCCAGGGCUGACCCUUCACCCGCCUCCAGCCAGCGUCAGUAUUCAGAGGCCUCAGACGUCCCGCGACACUGCCACAAGGAUCACACUGCCCUCACAUCCUGCGAUCGGGGCUCAGAAGCCCCAGCCUCCGCACACGAUGACACAGAAGCCCAUCUUCAGUACGGUGACACCAGUAGCUGCAGCAACAGUGGCACCAAUCGUUGCCACGACCGUGCCGUCAACCACCACAAUAGGCGCUGUACCACACACCCAAAUGAACAGUAACACUAUUGUCACCAUGACGAUGGCCUCACACUCCUCUCACGCCACAGCUGUCACCACCUCUGCCAUCCCCGUUGCUAAAGUGGUCCCCCAGCCCAUCACCCACUCUUCAUCCCGUGUGCAGCCUGACUACCCGGGGGAAAGAACCAACCUCAUCCCCAUCCCAGGCCACCGGUCGUCUCCUAACCCUGUCACCAUGGAAGCAAGGAGUGACAACAGGCCUUCUGUGCCAGUGCAGUUCCAGUAUUUCCUGCCGGCCUACUCCUCCUCAUACCCCCUGACACACACCUACACCCCCAUCAGCAGCUCUGUCUCCACCAUCCGCCAGUAUCCUGUCACUCCUCAAGCUCCGAGUUCAGCACUGCCCACACAGCCCGGAGUGGGCGUGGCCACCACUGUCCAUCUGAACCACAUGCAGCUGAUGGCGGUCGAUCGGCUUGGUCUGCCCUCGGCACAAAUCAGCACCCAGGGGAUCCAGCCGGCGCCACUCGCUGCGCAGGGCAUCCAGCAGACACCGAUAGGAGUGCAGGGCUUGCACGCGUCUGCACCGAUCACCGCGCAGGGAAUACAGCAGGCGCCUUUAGUUGCUCAGCAGCAGCAGCAACAAGCGCAGUCUGAAGCCAAGCCUGGGAUCGUUCUGGCCGACGGCUUCGUAGCCAGCCCAAUCAGCAGCACGUUCGGCAGCACCCAGCCUGUAGCCACCAUGGUGCAGGCACACGCCCAGGGAGGAGUCGGAGGAGCCCCCACCCUGGUCUCCUCCCCCAGACCCAGCAUCCUCCGCAAGAAGCCUGCUAAUGAAGGCUGCGUUCGUAAGAACCUGAUCCCCGCCCAGCCCGGCGAGCCCAGCGGUGGCAGGCUUGAGAGUGGUGUGAGAGGAGCAGGAUCUCCCCGACCUGCAGGCGUGAAACCCAAAGCCGAGGUGCACAUGGCGGUGGCGCCCCCUGUCAUGGCUGCCGUAGAAGCGCUGCCUUCUCAGGUAGUAGAGCAGCAGUUGCUGUCCUCUAAUGCCCAGCACCUCGCCCAAGCCAUCCCUGCCAUGCUCGCCACGCCGGGACCUGGGCCUCCCUCUCAGCCCUCCACUGUCCUCUCAGCUCUGCCAGCAGCCAUGGCUGUCACUCCACCCGUCCCCGCGUCAAUGGCCAACACCGUGGCCUCCCCCACGCAGCCCGCGGCCAGUAGCACCGCGGCUUGUGCCGCCAGCUCCACAUGCCCAGAUGUGAAAAUAAAGCAGGAGGUGGAGAGCAUGGACGCCCAGCAAGAUCCCAACGCAAACUCGUCCUCGGCUCCAGCGCUCACCGGCCAGGCCUCCAUCCUGAACACUCCCGCCACAGGAGAUCUGAUCCCGGGGGCCUCCCCGAGGAAGAAGCCCCGCAAGCAACAGCACGUCAUUUCUACAGAGGAGAGUGAGAUGAUGGAGACCAACAGCACGGAUGAGGAAAAGGCCCCGGGCAGGCCCAUCACCGGCAGGGCUGAGAGGUGUGAAUCUCCACCGAGGGAAUAUGUUGAUGAAGAAGGAGUGCGCUAUGUGCCGGUCAGGCCUCGGCCACCUGUCACCCUUUUGCGGCACUAUCGUAACCCCUGGAAAGCUGCCUACCACCACUUCCAGAGGUACAGCGAUAUCCGGGUCAAAGAAGAGAAGAAGGGCACCUUACAGGAAAUGGCCAAUCAGAGGGGAGUGGCAUGCAGAGCACAAGGCUGGAAAAUCCAUCUGUGUGCGGCACAGCUCAGGCAGCUGUCGAGUUUGGAGCACGACGUGUACGGCCGGCUUUCCACCCUCCAAGAGGGCCUGAUCCCAAAGAAGAGAGCAGGCGCUGACGAUGACCUCCACCGAAUCAACGAGCUCAUACAGGGCAACAUGCAGCGCUGUAAGCUGGUGAUGGACCAGGUGACCGAGGCCAGAGACACCAUGAUGAAAGUGCUCGACCACAAGGAGAAAGUGCUGAAGCUGCUCAACAAGAACGGCGCCGUCAAGAAGUCAAAACUGAAGCGCAAAGAGCGGGCAUAACCUGGACCUUCUCCUCUGGCGACCACCAACACCACCACCACCACCGUCCCCUCUCCGGAGGGGUGGUGGGGCGAAGGAGCUGCUCAGACAUCGGUGCUAUGAUUUGCCGCAUACAAUCUCGCGCCCCCUCCCUGUCUGCCAGAGAGCGGACAGAGAGACGUGACAGAAGGACUUUCAAUAAAGACACAGCACACACACAUUGAGCGCGGGACAUUGUAGGGUGCAUUAGAGAGGCCAGCUGGACGGCCUUGUCACUGUUUCCCUCCUUUUUUUUUGAAGACCCCAGAGAACAUUUUUACUUACUUAGUUCCUGCAACUUCCUCUAUGACAGUAUUUGAAGCUGGCGUGUCCUUUUAAAAUAAUAAAUAAUUGGCACUAAAUGCAGGUGCAGUAAAUCCCCAAGUGACAAAAAGAAUUUCCACCCAAGAGUGGCAUUGACCGGCAUCAUUUCUAAGGAGUCCUUUUGCAAACAGUGUGUUCAGACGAAUCUCAGUUGUGCUCUUUUCAUCAAUCUGUGCCUUCAUUUUGUCAGUGUUCAUGAAUCUGACGGGAACACGUGAAAGCGGUUUCACGGUCGAGAAAUUCAAAGUUCGUCAAAGACAAGAUUUGGGCCAAUUUCACUGCGUCCCUCUUUUCUUUGAAUGAUUACUGUACUUAUCAGCCCCUCAGUUUGGGUGUAAUCUCAAGGAUAAUGGAUACUUUCAUGGGUCGAGGGGGGGAAAGUACUAGAAGGAAACCUACAUGCGAUCAAAUAGAAUUGAUUUAACGUCCGUGAAUUGUCAACUAGCGUCUGAAAGUAUAAACGACAUUCUGCCGAGUUAACGUUACAUUUAGAACUGCCAUGAAUCAUCCACUUACCUCAAAGUGAAAUCGAUGUCAUGGCGGUAAUAACAUACUUUCAUUUGGUGUUCAGAAGAGAGAGAGAGCGAGAGCGAGUGUCCUCGUGCGAUCAGGACGGUGGAUCGGAUUCAUGUAAAUCACUGUAAAUGUGCUGUCGGUUUUUUCCCCAUUGACCAGGUUCUUUUCAAGUUUUUGUACUCGAUGAAACAUUUUUGUGACCGUGUGACGUGCGCUGCUUCGUUCUGCUGAGUGUAACGUUUAUGACGUUAUGAGAUGAAGUGAGCCUGAAACGUUCAGCUAUUGUACAUUGUUUUUUUUUUGUCUGUGUAAUUAUAGUAAAGAUACUUAAACAAUACAA